AUGGAAUCAAAGCUCUCUCCUACCGAGAUCGUUGGUAUGCAUUUUGAGAUCACUGUCCUCCUUUCUGCAAUGCCAGUUGCGCUUCUCCACAUGGGAGCCUGGGUGGCUAAUAAAGUAGAAGACACGGAGGGACUACGCAUCGACACUACCGGACUCAGAAGGGGUCUCCAGUCCUGA